UCACACAUCUUUCUCAACUGUCUUCAGACAAGGAACACAACAACGAAACUUAACAAAAUGAAAUUCAUCAUCGCUCUCGCUUUUUUGGCCGUGGCUUUGGCUGUGCCACAAGGCGAUAAGAAGCCCAUUGAGAUUGUUUCAUCCAACAGCGAAAUGAACGCCGAUGGCAGCUACUCUUUUAAUUUUGAGAGCGCCGAUGGCACAAAAGUGUCAGAGAGUGGCAACCAGAAGAAAGUCGGACCCAAGGAUGAGGAUAUUGGAACUGUCUCCAAAGGAUCUUACUCUUACACCAGCCCCGAUGGCGUCGUCCUCACUGUCAACUGGGUUGCUGAUGAGAACGGUUUCCAGGCCACCGGUGAUCAUUUGCCCACUCCUCCCCCGAUGCCCGAGCACGUCGUCAAGCUGUUGGCUGACUUAAAGGCUGCCCGUCUUCUGUAAGCCUGUACAUAUAUCCCCCAUCAACUUGAAGCCACUCGGAAAAAUGUU